GUUUAUCUUGCCGUCGGGGCGGUAAUUCGAGCAUUCUUCUGUAGGCUAGGCAAUCUAUGCGGUUUCAGUAUUAUAUGGACUAUUUUCUCAAGAUCUUAAAGGGGCAAUAAUAAUUGUAUAAAUCAUGAUACUAAGCACUGUCAGUGGCAUCCUUACAGUAAGGAUACUUCUCGCGAUCAUGGUUCAGCCUGUUGAGAACACGGUGUACACUCUGCCAUACACACCAGACUCUGCUGAAGCCUGUCGCAACAAAACAGCUGAAUACUAUAACACACUGAUAAACCUGUGCUGCAGCAAGUGUGCUCCCGGGACACGCCUUAAGAAUGAAUGCAGCACUACCUCAGACACAGUGUGUGAACCAUGUCCCAGUGGCCAAUACAGUGGGACCUUCAAUUACUUCACAAAAUGCUUCAGAUGUCCCAAGUGUUCAGAAGGCAAAGGCCUGCAGUAUGCCCAGGAUUGCUCUAGCACCACCAAAACCCAGUGUAUGUGCCAGACUGGGAAGUUCUGCAUAAUGGAACAACACCCAAACUGUAAGGAGUGUGGCAGUUAUACACACUGCCAGCCUGGCCAUGGUGUUGCCAUAGAAGGGACAACAGAUUCAGAUGUGAAGUGUGCACCAUGCCCUAAUGGAACCUUCUCUGACCAGCACUCCUACACCCAGACCUGCCAGCACCACACAGACUGUGUGUCGCAGAGAAGGGGUGUACUGACUUAUGGUAACACCACCUCAAAUGCUGUGUGUGGACCUAAGGUUAGACCACCGACCCGCCCACCGACCACAAUUCCGACCUCUGGUACAGGGCAUACCACGCCAAGUCUACAGAGCCUGCAUACAGAUGGCAAAUCACCAGGCUUUGACCUUCGUAUAGUUUCAGGUGUUAUCGGAGGUGUUAUCGGAGGUGUUAUCCUGCUGCUGAUCAUAGGCACAGUCAUUUACAAGAAAGCCUUCAUAGGGUCCAGGCUUGUAUCUUCUAUAGAAGAUAGAAAUGGAAAUUGGGAGGCCAUUAAAUUUGAUAGUGACGGACCAAUGGUUCUUCAGAACAGUUCAUUCAUCACUAGCUAUCGGGAACAGCAGCAAUGUUUGAUGGGAAAGGGAAACUGCAGCAAUCCCAGUCAGGCAGAGAACCAGCAAGAUACUAGAAGGACCUGGGUGUCAGAGUGCUCCAACAGCCUGGAGGGCCUGUCAAUAGGCCCCCUUCAGUCCACUCCUCCACAGCCCAGCACCCAGCCCAGCCCUCAACCCACCAGCCCCCAGCCUACCAGUCCCUUGCCAUCUAGUCCCCUAGUUAAUGUCAACAUCACUGUUAACUACCCUGUGACCUUAGGAAAUGGGUCAUGCUCCACACCUACCCGCACCCACAUAGACUCAUCCCAGGCUGACCCUGAGCUCCCUCUAUCAAGGGAGGAGGAGGUGUAUGUCAACAUGCCACAGCAAGAGGGCGGAAAAGAGGCAUUUACGGCAAUACAGGAGAGUGGAAAUGAUGUUUGAGGACUGGCAGCAGAUAGGACAGCACCAGACAAUAGAUUAUGUUUUAAUUAUGUUUUUUCACACUGGUUGUUGUCUCUGUUUUUAUAUGAUUGCUACUACUGUUGCUGACUGAAUUGGUGGAGAGAGACUGCACAGAAUGACUGUUCAUGUGUCUUAGGCAUGGACUUGUCAUAAUGUGCUGUGCUGGAAAGCCUUGAGCACCUGAAUAGAUUGUCAAUGACUGUUCAAAGAAUGAUUGAUAUGUGAGUAAUGUAUGUAAUUACUGUGAAUGUUGUAAAUAUACACUGAAAAAAAAUAUAAACACAACAUGCAACAAAUUCUAAGAUUUUACUGAGUUACAGUUCAUAGAAGGAAAUCAGUCAAUUUGAAUAAAUUAAUUGGGCCUUAAUCUAUGGAUUUUUAUUGACUGGGCAGGGGCGCAGCCAUGCGUGGGCUUGGAAGGGCAUAGGCCCACCCACUUGGGAGCCAGGCCUAGCCAAUCAGAAUGAGUUUUCCCCCACAAAAUGUCACACCCUGAUCUGUUUCACCUGUCUUUGAGCUUGUCUCAACCCCCUCCAGGUGUCACCCAUCUUCCCCAUUAUCCCCAGUGUAUUUAUACCUGUGUUCUCUGUUUGUCUGUUGCCAGUUUGUCUUGUCAAGCCUACCAGCAAGUUUUUCCAUGCUCCUGUUUUUCCUAGUCUCUGUUUUCUAGUCCUCCCGGUUCCGACCUGUUCUGCCUACCCUGACACUGAGCCCUCCUGCCUGACCAUUCAGCCUGCCCUGACCUCGAGCCUGCCUGUCUCCCUGUACCUUUUGGACUCUGACCUGGUUAAUGAACUUCUGCCUGUCCUCGGCCUGCCUAUUGCCUGCCCCUUGUACUUUAAUAAAUAUCAGAGACUCAAA